ACUCUCGUUGCGCAAUCAUGGUCAGCUCGCGCAGCAAGUCUGCAGCAGAAGCCGCAGCAAACAGGCGGACGACGCGAUCCGCUGCGGCGAGUGGCGUUGGGCCUGCUCCGCCAGAUGUUUCAAUGAUUGAACAACAGGAAACCAAAUCUGCACCGAAGAAGGCUGCACCGAAGAAGUCGGUGGCUAAGCCUAUCCCCUCUAAGCCCCCUCCUUCGACUGUAAGCUCAGCUGCAAAGUCUGUCUCGAAGGGAAAGAAGAAGGGUGGUAAUGAGACGUACUGCAACUGUGACGGGGAGGACGAUGGCUCACCGAUGGUCAAAUGUGAAGGCCCAUGUCAGAAGUGGUAUCACUUUAAAUGCGUUGAGUUAGACGAGGAGACUGCAGGAGAGAUUGAAAAGUAUUAUUGCCGUGACUGUGAAGCAAGCACUGGUCUUAAGACAGUUAUGGACUUCGAAGGGCCAGAUGCCUUUGUUGAACCCAACCCUUCUCCUCCAGUCACGAAGAAGGCGCGUAGCAAGACUCCGGUAGAACAAGGUGAAGAAGUUGUUGAAAGUCCCGAAGAAAGUGACGGCGCCGGCUCGGAAGAUGAUUAUGUAGCUGAACCAGUAGGUAAGCGGAAUAGGUCAGGUAAACGACCGGCACGCCACACGUCUUUCGAGUCUGACAAGUCUGAGUCUGAUGACGAGGAAGAUGAUGAUGCAGACGGAGGGCGUCGCCGACGUGGUACGAGAAGCGGCGGGGCACUGAAACGACUCAAGAAGGCAUCGGCGUCACCUGCUCCAGAGUCAAGCUCAGCGUUGAAACGACGAGGUUCUACAGCACAGCAACCCGCAGCUAAAAGGUCAAAGACUGCCGAGUCUCCACACGACGAUGCUAUCCGCAAGUACUGUUUGACAAAGCUAGACGAGAUUAUACGACCGAUGUUUGAAGAGUACCGCACGCAGGUUGAUCCGCAAGGCGAGAAAGUUGAAGAACAAGUGAAGACCGAGGAAAACAAAGACGAGGAGCCUUCUACUUCCGACUCUAUAGACAAGGUUAAGGAUGACAUCGAUCAGAAAGUGAAAGCCUUUGUAUACGAACUAGAACGCUGCAUGAUGGAAACAUAUGCAGAGCCAGACAAGACAGGAAAGCCCAGUGCAGGCAGAAACUACAAGGAACGCUUCCGCAUGUUACAGUUUAAUUUGCCAAAGCCAGACCGAGUUGCGCUCCGGCAGGGCAUUGCCUCGGGUCGAAUAACACCCGCACAGCUCAAUGUCAUGUCUUCCACCGAUCUUGCCGACGAACAGACUAAGCAUGAGAUCGAGCUUGCGGAGAAGGAAGCUCUCGAACACUCUAUUCUGCAGAGGGUCAUCGCACCUCGAGCGAAGAUAACUCAUAAAGGUUACGAAACCAUCGAGGAUGUAUCUGGCCAGCGUGCCAGUGAUCUAGCGAAGGAGGAAGAAGAGCAACGAAUGGAAAUGGAAAAGCUGGAGCGUGAAAAGUUGGCUCGUCUACGCUCCCUCUCGCAAGCCGAAGGAUCUCCUAUGGUAGAACAGUCACCUCUGUCUGCUACCUUUCCGAAAGCGAGUUCGCCGGCCGUUUCGAACGCCCCGCGCUCGCAAGUGCCAUGGGGUGCUCCACCUCCGCCUCCUCACCAACCUCAGCAGGGAGACGUACCGCCGGAAUCUCCUUCCUCUAGCAGGCCAUCCGUUCGGCCGCUCUUCGUACCAUCCAUGAGCAGCGACUACGCAUCGACAGACCAGGGCCUCAGUCUCGCAGACAUCAUCAACAUUGAUGACGACGUCUCUGCGCAGGAUACCUCUCAAUCGAAUCCACAACUGCGAAUGAGUGCUCAAGCCAAUGCAGAAGCAGGACCUAGCUCUUCGCCGAUUAUAACAAGUCCCUCUGGGCCGUCUCCAUUUGCACCCUCAAAACCAGCCCAGUCUCCGAACCGUUCCGCCUUUGACCUGAAUUCCCUCUGGACUGGUGCAGCCAGGGAAGAGGAGCAGACUGGCGAGACAGAAAGUAACAGUCCAGGACUUGCUGUUGGUAGUUCAGCACCGCCGGAAAGUGCGAUAGAAGAACAAGGUGACGCUAUGGAGAUCGAUAGUAACAACGAAGACGACGAAGAAGCACUGGAUGCGAUACUGCAGCAAAGUGCACCCGUCCCUCAAAGUGAUGAACCUCCGGCUCCGCAACCCGCUCCGGCAGUCGAAAGCUUACCAGACGUUUGGUCUGGACAAGUUUCUAUGCCAAGAGAGAGCUUUGACACGUUGACGAUAGAUGUUACCUGUAAACAAGUGGGCGGGCGAACGCUCGAACCUAUGUCAGGAUAUUGGCAAACUUUAUUCACGUCUCCUCAAGCCCGCAUCGACGGUCGUGUCCCUACUGCACAGGCAGUUCAAUAUCUUGUUUCAAUACGGAUGAAUUCAUCAAAGGAGCUUAUUGUAGUGAAUUUCUUACCGAGGACCGAUCAGGCCUUGGCAAGUUUUAACGAAUUGAUUGACUUUUUGAUUGGAAAAGACCGACACGCCUUAGUUUUUCCGUGGGGUACUCAGCCGAAACCACAGGCGCCUGGACGAGAGUUGUACAUCAUCCCACUUCUAAAAGACCAACCACUUCCAGAGUUCAUCGAGUUACUGGACGACCAUUGCCUCCCGAAGGAAAGGACAUCAAAUGCACUCCUCGGAGCUUUUGUAUUGAACAAGGGGAAACUAGUCGCCGCUACCCCUCCUCCUGCAUCAGUCCCCCCAGUACCAGCACCCGGAUCAGUACCGACACCGUUUCCUUCGAUACCAAAUAUACCUUUUCAGAUGCCCAAUAUUCCUAUUCCACCCACAGUCCCUGCAUCUCAUUCCCCCAAUCCUCACGCACAGCCUGUGAAUAUUGAUCAGGCAGCCCUAGCAGCAGAAGUGGCGUCGUUGACACAGGAGCAAAUCUCUCUCAUGAUACGGCAUUUGUCGCAGAGUGUGCCUUUAGCUGCUUCGAUGGGUAUUGCUGGACAGAAUCCCGUUGGGACAUCAGUACCGGGUGUAACAUCCGUACCUGCUCCGCCUGUACUGCCUUCUACGUAUCCUAUUCCUGGCAUGCCCCCCUUCCCUCCUACUUUCCCACCAGCGCACCAACAGUCCCCACAACCACCCUCGGGACAGCACUCCCCUCCACGCCAAUAUUCGCCCCCACAUCCUCCGGGUCAGUAUGGAGAUUAUCACAGUGACGAGCGAGAAGACCGACACCGGGAUUUCGGGCGGGACGGUCAUUCUGGACGCGGAGGGCGAGGAUGGAGUGGCGACCGAGGAAGACGAGGUGGGAGGGGACGCGGAAAACGGCACUAUGACGAUAAGAAUGGGCGAACGCCUCCGGCUGAUCGGGGUUGGGGUGGUCGAGGACGAGGCGGUGGACCAAGGUAG